AUGGAGAAGGAGUACGAAAGACGCAUUUUUAUUGCACGUCUCAUCUGCGGCAAGAUAAUCACGCCCAUAAUUUGCCUCACAGGGAUUGUAGCCAACAGCAUUAACAUGAUUGUGCUCACCCGUUCCUGGAUGCGAUCCUCGACCAACGUCUACCUGACCGCAGUGGCCGCUUCCGACCUCAUCUACCUGACGCAUUCCCUUCUAUUUUCCCUCCAGGUCUACGCUGGGGCCCGACGUUGCAGCCUCUACAUGUACACAGUGCCCAUCAUCCACGGCACUGCAAACCUGUUCAGUAACAUGACUACCUGGCUGACUGUUAGCUUCACCAUCGAGCGUUUCAUAAACGUCUCCUUUCCCAUUUUUGGACAUCGGUUCUGCACGCGGCGCAAGGCUCGCGUCGCAGUCAUUGUGGUCUGUAUAUUCAGCUUCAUUUUCACCUUUCCCGAUUACCUACAGAACAAGGUCGUGCCCCAGACCUACCCUAAUGGCAGUCUGGUGCCCAACGGAAUGUACAUGGUCACCGGCUCCAAGUACCAGAAAUUCCUUACAGCCUUUGGCUACGCUUUCAUCAAUCAGACUGCAUUUUCGUCAGAUGAUUCCGAACGGAAAGACGCCUCCAGUCUGCGGUCCCCUACGCCCCGCUCCCCCACUCAAGUGGAAUCACCGGACGAGACCGGGGCCUUUCCACAGAGAACCUGGACCGCGGUCAUCAACACUACGGUUGCCGUGGCCAAAAUCAAACCACGACGAUCCGGAUUUGGCGAACAGCAACGCAUCACCAUCAUGCUUAUUGCCAUCGUAGUGGCCUUUCUGCUGCUUCAAAUGCCCAGCACCGUGCUGAACAUCCUAAACAGUCUCAUGGAUAUUGAAGCGCGCCGGCGGGACCUCCAAUUCGCUUCCACGCUCAUCGUAUUUUCCAACAUCUCAAAUGUCCUGCUCUUUUUCAACGCCACUAUGAAUUUCGUCUUCUACUCGCUGUUUUCGCUGAAAUUCCGCACCACAUGUAGGGCCCUAUUUCGGGGAACAAAGUGCAGUGCCGAGCUGGGCGCAUUCGACUCUAAGCGGAACAGUACGAUGAAGAGGAGUAUACAACAGACGGCUGGCAAAAUUAGCCGGAUAUCUACCAUGGAGAGGACAACACCGCCGACGGAAAACUGUCUUACCUGA